AUGCCCCACUCCAGAAGGUUCCGCUCUUCCGAACGCAGCAGCCGGAGCAGCUUCCACAACCGCUACAGGGUACGGAAGCACAAGCGGCGACGGAGCCGCUCACGGUCCUCUAGCAGCAAGCGGCGGGCCCACCACCACCGGGAAGAGAGCUACCACGUCCGAUCCCGAAGCUACGAGGACCACUCCUCCGACCAGCGGCCCUUCGACCGGCGGUACUACGACGGCUACCGGCGAGCUGGGUACAGUCGCGAGCGAGGUGACGCCUACUACCUGCCCGAAUACCACCCCUCCUAUGAAUACCAGCGUUCCCGGGAAGGCAGCUACCGCAGUUGCAAGAGCAGCCGGCGAAAACGCCGGCGGAGGCACCGACGGAGCCGGUCCUUCAGCCGGUCCUCCUCGAGUCACCAAAGCAGCAGGCGAGCCAAGAGCGUGGAAGAUGAUGCCGAAGGCCACCUCGUCUAUCACGUCGGCGACUGGCUUCAAGAAAGAUAUGAGAUCGUCAGCACCCUCGGGGAGGGCACUUUUGGCCGGGUGGUGCAGUGCGUGGAUCACCGCAGGGGUAACACGCGUGUGGCUCUUAAAAUCAUCAAGAACGUGGAAAAGUACAAAGAGGCUGCCCGUCUGGAGAUCAACGUGCUGGAGAAGAUUAACGAGAAGGAUCCGGACAACAAGAACUUGUGCGUGAAGAUGUACGACUGGUUUGACUAUCACGGCCACAUGUGCAUCAGCUUUGAGCUGCUGGGGCAGAGCACCUUUGACUUCCUGAAGGACAACAAUUACCUGCCGUACCCCCUCCACCAGAUCCGGCAUAUGGCCUACCAAGUCUGCCAGGCCGUCCGAUUUCUGCACGACAACAAACUCACACACACAGACCUCAAACCCGAAAACAUCCUGUUCGUCAGUUCGGAUUACGAGAUGACGUACAACCUAGAAAAGAAGCGAGACGAGCGAUGUGUCAAGAACACGGCCGUCCGAGUGGUGGACUUCGGCAGCGCCACCUUCGACCACGAGCACCAUAGCACCAUCGUCUCCACGCGGCACUACCGGGCGCCGGAGGUCAUUCUAGAGCUCGGUUGGGCCCAGCCGUGUGAUGUCUGGAGCAUUGGUUGUAUCAUCUUUGAAUAUUACAUGGGCUUCACUUUGUUCCAGACCCAUGACAACCGGGAGCAUUUGGCCAUGAUGGAGCACAUCCUGGGGCCCAUCCCGUCUCGGAUGGCGAGGAAGACCAGGAAACAGAAGUAUUUCUAUCACGGCCGCUUGGAUUGGGAUGAGAAUACCUCUGCGGGGCGCUACGUGCGGGAGAACUGCAAACCGCUACGGGACCCCGCUGUCAUCCAGCACAGGCCGACGUCCGAAUAUGCAACUUUGGACAUCUACAAUCCGUUCGACAAGUCGGGGCAGCCGCCCCCUGCGUACGAGCCCCCGGCGUCGACUCAGACGGUCCCCCCAGCGUCCGCUCCGGCUGAACAGCCGACUAAGAAAGUGAGCCCCACAGAGACCAGGAAUUACGGGUCCUAUGGCACGCAGGCGUCGACCGCCACGGCCACGGCCGAACUCUUGAAACGGCAGGAAGAGCUGAACCGCAAAGCAGAAGAGUUGGACCGGAGGGAGCGAGAAUUGCAGAACGCCGCUCUCGGAAGCGGGGCAGCCAGACAGAACAACUGGCCUCCGUUACCCUCCUUCUGUCCUGUGCAGCCGUGUUUCUAUCAAGAUAUCCCAGUAGAAAUCCCCGUGGAGUCCCAGAAAACAGUCACUACGAUGUACUACCUCUGGAUGGCCAGCACGGGCACCCUGCUGUUCAACUUCCUGGCAUCGCUGGCCUGGUUCUGCGUGGACACCUCGUCUGGCUCGGGUUUCGGCCUCUCCAUCCUGUGGGCCUUGGUCUUCACGCCGUGCUCUUUCCUCUGCUGGUAUCGGCCCAUGUAUAAGGCCUUUAGGAGUGACAGCUCUUUCAACUUCUUCGUGUUCUUCUUCAUUUUCUUUGCACAAUCCGUGGUUUAUGUUCUCCAGGCCAUUGGCAUUCCCGGUUGGGGGUUCAGCGGUUGGAUUGUGAGCCUCACAGCUUUGAAGGUGAAUACUGGCGUGGCGAUCCUUAUGAUCCUGGUCGCCCUGUCGUUUACAGCUAUUGCCGGCCUGGGCAUCAUCAUGCUGAAGCGAAUCCACUCCCUCUACCGUAACACGGGGGCCAGCUUCCAGAAAGCCCAGGAAGAGUUUGCAGCCGGCGUGUUCUCCAACCAAGCCGUGCGCACCGCCGCCGCCAACGCGGCCACCGGGGCGGCCACCGGCGCCUUCCGAGGCUCGUAAGGCGAGAGGGGAGCAUCUCACCAACCCCCUUCUGCUUUUCCUCUGGCCCUUUUUUCUCACGGGGGCAGCUUCGACGAAAACAAAAAACCACACACAUACAAAACCAACCACCUUGCACUUCCGCCCUCCUGCUGGAUGUCCCUCGUGCGUGCUGAUGUUCGAAGGCUGUGCUCCCUCCUGCCCCUAAUAAGUGACUCUCCCAUUUCAUGGUUCGGCGUGGGAUUGCCUCUGUUGUUUUCUUCCGUGCGACCCCUUCCGGCUACAGGAACAAUCGUUUCCUCCAGGGGGGCCGAAAGGGAGAGCCCGUUUCUGACUUUCUUCCCACCCACUCACCCCCACCACAAAAGGAGCUAUGGAAAACGCCCUACACCGUGCCGUGGCUGACUCGGAUCUGACCGUCUUCGGCUUUGCGCUCGUGUGUUGCCGACCCCACCAAACUGCAGGGGAACCCGUUCCCCUCGUUAUUGCUCACCCCCUCUGUCUUUUGUCCCCAGUUCCAUUCCUGUUGCGUCUGUAAGUGACUUGAGGCCGUUGUCUUCACAGAUUCUCAUCCUUCUCCCCCGCAAUGAUCCUCCUCUUUUCCCCAUAGUCCCUUUCUCCAAGAGCAUGACUGCUGGCUUCUGUUCCCUGCGCAAUGCUCCUUCAUGUCUGAACCUCGGUGUUAAAAUCCGCCGGUUUCCUCCUUUCUCCACCCUGCACGCAGAGAGCGGUGGCAGGCAGUAAAUGGCUCCCGGGCCCGCAGGUAUUCAAAGGUGGAUCCCUUUUAUGAUACGUUUUUCACCUGCAGGAGCCAGUUUCCGCGGCAAGGUUGACUCCUGUUGCUAGCGAGGACCCAUGUGGUUCUAUUUCUUUCCAUGCGCCUGCCGUGUGCUUUGGUGUGCAUUCACAACGCCAGGCGCCGAUUGCUUAACAGGCGGUGUUUACCCCCUUGGGUCUACACCGGUUGGAUUUAGGCUGGCACAAAUAUCCAGAUGAGUUCUGGACAGUGUAUGCUUGAGCUCUUCCUGCCUGUGCUUCCUAGGGCUUUAUGUUGGAAGGGCCGCAAGGGGGCGCUAAGGGCUUAGCCAGGACCCUGCCUUUACGGCAGUCUGUAACCUGAAUUAUACUACAGUUUUGAUGUGUUGUUGUUGUUGUUUUGCUGUGAUUUUUUGCAUACAACGCCAGAACUGUCUCCUUUACAUGCCGUAGCUGCUUUCCAAGACCUCUGUUUUCCUCACCCUACAUCCAGGGGGGUGCCCUCGCUGCCUUAGUUCUCUCCCACCCUGCCCCAACGUAAGUCUUGACCCCUAACCCUCUGGCUUCUGUCUUCUGUGCAGUUUGUCUUUAAAAAAAAGGAAACCUGGUUUUCGCCCCCCUCCUUGAUCCCCUGACUGUUUUCUGUUUGUGAACCCCGAAUGCUUAGAAUCCUGCUUCUUUCACGACUGGCUUUUUCAGCUGUUAUUCUACGGUGUGGCCACUUUUCUUCCGAGCAGCUCCAACCGAUAGGCAGGCUUCCUUGCUGGAAAAGCUGUGUUCGGGAUCCCUGUCUAUCAGUCGCACAACAACCUUAGGAGGGAGACUGCACUGAGAUGCUUCUGUGCCGCUUGUCUCCCGGUGGGGCUUUACGGCUAAGGCGGGAUUCGAACCUGGUUCUUUCCAGAUCCCAUCUUCGCCAGAAGCAGGUCUUUUGGAGAGCCGACGGAUCUUCAUUGCCCGUUCCAGACCAGCCCAUCUCUGGUUAGUGAGAAAGAUCUCCCCACCCCACCUCUUCCCGAGCUUUGUUUCACCUCUGUAUUUUAUGUCUUAAUAAAUCUGUACAAACACUGGAAACAAAUCAGGUGCGGCUUUACCUGGUGCGACUCCGCCACAGAGAAUUCUGGGGUUUGUAGUUGACGAGAAGGCUCCGGAUCCUCUGCUGUUGUUCCGGAGAGGGCACGAAAGCUGUCUAGCAGAGACUCCCGAGUCUCUCCUUAAAACUACAUAUCCCAGAAUUUCAUGCCAUGGUGAUCCUUUCAAGCAGCGGUUCCCAAGUUUAGAUCCCUGGAGGUUCUUGAACUACCACUCCCAGAAGCCUCUACUCCAAGCUGUUCCAGGCAGGAUUUCUGGGAGUCAUAGUCCAAGAAAUCUGGGGACCCAAAUUCGGGAAACGCCGCUUUAACGCUAUAACCACGUCGCAUAGAUGCAUUAUUGGCCUCUUGCCGGUUCUGGCUUUUGUCCGAUCGUUGAGGACUAGCGCCUUUACUUAGCUCGCUCUAACGGUUUCACUGCUGACGAUGCCCUCCCUCCAGACCCCCGUUGUCUUUCCUCCCCUAUGUGCAUCUCUGGAGUUAACUAGAUCGAUACCACGCGUUCAGCCUUUUUCCUGACUAACUGGACGAGUCUAUUCCACACACACACCCCCAAAAACCCUUCCCAUUGAACCUGCUGGACUUUUUUUUAAAAAAAAAACCGUUUGUGUUUGUGAGGUUCUGCCCGGCUCCCUUCUCAUUUUGUUUUGCCGUGCCAAAAUGCCAGGUGACUUAUGGAACUUUAUUUAAGAAAUAAAUGACAUUUUAACUAUUCUAGUCGA